AUGGCUUUACCUCAAGACUGGGAGCCGAUCAUCAAGCACAGGAUCGACGCAAUUCACCCUAAACUUAUGGCAUUUCUUAUAUCAUUUGCUUAUCAUGCCGAAGAAGUAGCUGCCUUAGGUGAUGAAGACUUUAGCAUGGUAAUGAACAGUUACUUUCUGGCUAGAGGUGUAAGUAUAAUUUGUUCCGAAGUUGACGGAAGCACCUCGAACUCUUUGAAAGCUAUAUUUCAGCCUUCUGGAGUAUUCUGCAGCACCAAUUGUUCAAGGAAUAGGAAUAAUGAUGCUAAGGAGGAGAUUAACUGGGAUGUCAUUUGCUGUCUUUUGGUUUCUGUUGCUCGUGGUACAACCAUCAAUGGGAAGCGUAAGAUGCAACCCGAUGAAACCCCGUCAGCAGACUUAUCCUUCAAGAAACCUAGACCUAGUGAUCGAGAUACACUUCGCGCACUUGCUUCAAUUGAUGGGUCGUUGCGAAAGAAGGGGAUUAAACCUUGUAAAUCAAGAUUUUCCGGUUCACGCGUUUCCGAAUUGCGAGCUGUAUUUGAAAGUUCACCUUAUUCACCUCCGACAUAUAACUCUCCCGGACCCUCAUCUACAAACUCGUCUGCAUUAUCAUCUCCUGCUUCUUCCUCUUCUAAACGCCAAUGGAUUUCGGAGGAAGUACGAAGUUCCACACCUGUUGAACUGAUAAGAAAUAGUGAACCUUCAAGUUCUAUUGAACAGAGUUAUUCACUCUCAUCUGCAAACAUCCCUGUUGUUGAGGUUCAAGCUAUAGAUCAGAUGCUAUAUUACCCUCAAAGUCUGGAGCUUCAAGUGGAAGAAGAAGAAGUGGUAUUCAACUUAAAUUACAAUCCCAACCCUACUGAACAAAGGGCAAAUACCCUUAAAGAUCUGGUUACGGAUACAGAAAUACAUGACCAAGGCUCCGUCAUAGAUGUAGAUCAAGCUUCUACGGAAGUAUAUGAAGUUAUAAUCAACAAUACUGUGGAUCGAAUAGCAUCGAAGACACGUAAUGAUAACGACUCGAAUGAAUUGAUCGCUGUAGAUCUUGGUGAAAAUCACAUGAAUCUAGAUUCAUUUGGAGAAGAUCAAGCAUAUAUACGACCUGAAGAAGGUGAACAGGAUCUGUUCGAAAUAGACAAUGAAGUUGAGAUGGAAAAUGGUCAUGGAUCAGAGGACGAGGAGGAGAAUCAUAGCCGAGAUGGAGAUGGAGAUGGGCAUGGUCAAGAUGUAGAGAAUGAGAAUGAGGAUGAGGAUGAGGAUGCCUCUGGAGACGAGGACGAAGAUAUGAAUGAAGAAGAAAUUGGAGACAUGGGGAGUGAUCAUGAGGACGAUGAAGUUGAACCGACAGAUGAAGACGAGCCACCCUCCGCUUCUGAGGUCAGGCGCGGUGGUGUGAGGACAAAAGGUGCAUUCAUGUCUGAAGAAGAGAGAAAAAGGAACAACGCGGAUGCUGCUAAAAGAUAUCGUGCCAGAAGGAAAGCCAUACGUGAAGCUGCUAAAAAGUCCAACGUUGAUGAAGAUGACGAUAUUUCGAAACAGUCUUUGAUCGAGGCUUUAGCCACUCAAAGUGAAGCUCUACAGAGAGUUUUGAAUCAAGUAUUGCCAUUAAUGCAAUCUCUUCCUGAUCAGUCCUUACAACAAAGCGAAGCUUCAUCCUCCUCUUCAAGCUUUACUGGAACCUGGACAUCGUCGGGUCAUUAUAAAGCUUUAGCUUCUAUCGCACAAAUUGCUAAUCAAGCUUUAUCACCAGAAGAUUGUGAUCCUAGGAUUGAUUUGGCUUUAGCAUCUUUCGCAAGAAAGAAUCGAGAAAACCAUGAUGAUGAAGAGGGUGAAGAAGUAUAA